AUGCCGCGCUUCGUCCCCGGCACUGCAAUUUUGAUUGCUUUUCUGUCCACACUCAUCAUCAUCUUCAACCCCACAGCUUCCACCUACUUUCAGCAACUCACAUCGUCCUUGUUCUCACCAGCAGCGACAAACUCUCCAAACAUCACAACGACUACAUCAGCAAGCUCAGAACGCUCUAUGAACAAAGCUGCCAGCAACAUGUCCAAGUCCGUUCUGCGCCAGGCCAAGAUCACGCCGCACCGCUCCGGUGCCCGCGGCCACUCUGACCACGGCUGGCUCAACACCUACCACAGCUUCUCCUUUGCGGACUGGUACAACCCCAAGUUCUCAAACUUUGGCUCCCUGCGCGUCCUCAACGAGGACCGCGUCAAGGCCAACUCGGGCUUCCCGACGCAUCCGCACCGCGACUUUGAAAUCUUUAGCUACAUCCUCUCCGGCGAGCUGACGCACCGCGACUCCAUGCUCACCAAGGGCAGCGAGGGCGGCCAGUCCAACAAGUUCUACCGCAUGCACCGCGGCGACGUGCAGUUCACCACCGGCGGCACGGGAAUCGCGCACAGCGAGUUCAACGAGCACAAGUCGGACACGGUGCACUUUUUGCAAAUCUGGGCCAUGCCCUGGAAAAAGGGCCUGAGCCCGCGCUACCACACGCGCACCUUUGACGACGAGGCCAAGAGGCAGGGCUUCGUCACCAUCCUCAGCCCGCUCAAGGGCGGGCCCGAGGCCACGCCUCAGCAGGAAAAGGACGCCGAGCCGACCGUCGCAGAGUCCAUCCCCAUCCACGCCGACUUUGCCAUGGGCGCGGGCAUCAUCGACCCCGAAAAGACGUUUGAGUGGGUGGCCGGCGCAAAGUCCACCGAGGCCAACAAGAGAAAGGUCUAUGUGCACCUGCCCAUGACGCAGAGCGGCAAGGCCAAGAUUCGCAUCGAUGGACGCGAGGAUGCCGAGCUCGCCGAGGGUGAUGGUGCCUUUGUCGAGGGCGUCCACGCUGGCGACAAGCUUGCCAUUGAGAGCAUUGGCUCAGCAGCCGCGGAAGUUAUCGUUUUGGAUACGGCAUAG